AUGGGAGUCUUGAUUUCUGUGGUGGUGAAUCGUGAUCUAGCAUUGGUGGAGAUCUGUAGAUUCAACUGGCCAGGAACAAAGAGGCGCCAAGCAAAGCCUAAAAGCGACAAUGAGAAUAUAAUUGAGGAGAGCAAUGUUACCACCAACAUUGGUCACGAUACCAUUGGCUGCAAAAGAACAAAGAGAGAAGUUGCCCGUUCGAAUUUCAAUGAGAAGGCAUUUGACUUACUUGAAGAAGAUUCACUUGUCACAACCAAGGAAAUCAGAACUGAGGAGGAAGCAGAGGCAGUUAGGUUGACAAGAACAGGACCUGAAGAUGGGAAAUGCUGCAGAAAACUCAUCGAUUUCAUCCUGCAUGGUAAAGAUGAUAAUCUGCAACCAUUUGAAAUGUCUCAGAGUGAUGGUGUCUCCAUGACAGCUCUUGUCAUGCCAUUUGAUGCUCAUAUCGAAAAGGACAGGAAAAAGGGUAUACGAUGUGUCAAAUUUGGGCGUAUCAAGGGAUGGGCAGUUUCCGGCUAUAAGGAAGGCGCCGCGGUAAUUUCGCUCUCAACAGAACUAGCUGACUAUAUAUGUGUGAAGGCCACAAGAAGCUACAGGUCUCAUUUUGACCUUUUCAGCCAGAAAGCUCAUGUUUGUGUUGAAGUUUACAGGGAGUUAGCUAGAUCGGUUGGCGGAAACCCUUUGCUGAGCCUAGAAGAGCUGCUUGCCGGUGUUGUCAGUUCCAUUAAUUUGAGCAGUGGCUUCAAUGGAAGAGUGAGAAAGGAAUUUGUGAUAUCCAUCGGUGAGUUCGUACAUAACCAGCUCACAGCACUGGAUCAUGCAGCAAACAACGAUGAUGAGAUGUUGUUGACGCUGCCUGCUCUUGUGGCACUAAGAAAUGAGUGUAAAUCUAACGUGGGAUUCAGCAAGCUGGCAGCUUUGGCCUCACAUGAAACUUUGAUGAUCAAGGAUGGGCGGUGCAAGGAGGUGCAGGUGACCGAGAACGAGGAUGAAGAAGAGAAACUAGCAAGGUUGUUGCAAGAAGUGGAAGAGUGGAAUAUGAAGAAGCCGAGAGCCAAGAGUGGAAGUUCACAGAAAAUUAAAAAUGCCUACAUCAAGAUCAGUGAAGCUGAGAUUGCCAAUGACUACCCACUGCCAGCAUACUAUACACCAUGCGAUAUAGAAAAGGAUGAGUACAUGUUUGGCAGUGAAGAUGGCAUGCUGCCAGUAAGAAUACUCAACAACUGGGCUCUAUAUAAUUCAGAUUUCAAAUUCAUGUCUUUGGAGCUCAUCCCUAUGGAACCAGGUGCUAAAAAUGAUACUGUUAUCUUUGGGUCUGGUUGUAUGAGAGACGAUGAUGGUACUUUCUGUUCAACAGCUGAGCCAGCAGAGUUAUCUUCUUCCUCGAGUAAAUCUGACCAGGAAGAUCAAGGGAUUCCGGUUUACCUAAGCCCAAUCAAGGAAUGGCUUGUAGAAUCUUGUGGCUCGAUGAUCUGCAUAUCUAUUCAAACCGACAUAGCUUGCUACAAGUUACUCCAGCCAACGAAGCAGUAUGCGCCAUGGUGUGCCACUGUCCUUAAAACAGCAAGAUUGACUGUUAGUAUCAUCGCCAUUUUAAAAGAACAAACUCGCGCUUCAAAACUUUCCUUCGCUGAUGUUACCAAGAGAGUAGCAGAAUUUGAGAGUGGGCAUCAUGCAUUCAUUUCAACAGAUGCAACACUUGUUGAAAGAUAUGUUGUGGUGCAUGGACAGAUAGUCCUUCAACAGUUCGCAAAUUAUACAGAUGAGUCCAUUCGACGGUGCGCCUUUGUCACAGGCCUUAUCAAGAAGAUGAAAGAAAGAGGGCAGAUGAAGCUAGCAACAAAGAAGAAAUCUCAAGCGGCGAGAGGAGAGAAUCUGAACCCAAGUGCAAAAAUGGCCCGAAUAUCAAAACAAAAUCUUAUGCGUGCGACAACCACAAAGUUGGUCAGCAGGAUAUGGGAUGAUUACGAUGCAACCCAUUUCCCAGAGGAUUCAAAGGAGGGGGGUGAGAAUGAUGAGCAAAAGGUAUUUGAGGAGGAACAAGAAGAAAAUGAAGAAGAUGAUGUUGAGGGGGUGGUUGAAGUUGGCGAGGGACAUGUUUCAAGGACCUCGCCAUCAACAAGGUCUAGAAAUACGUCAUCAGAUGCUUGUGAAGAAAUAGAAUGGAAAGGUCAAACAGUUGGGAAAACACCAUCUGGAGAAGCUCUGUACAGAAGUGUGAGAUUUGGAGAUCUCAGUGUUGCUGUUGGUGGGGCACUCACAUUGGAUGGUCAUUCAGGAGAAGCCAUCAUGUGUUUUGUUGAGUACAUGUAUGAGACACAUGAUGGCACACAGAUGAUCCAUGGUAGAGUUCUGCAAAAUGGUUCAGACACUGUCCUGGGCAAUGCUGCAAAUGAACGAGAGGUGUUCUUUACCAAUGAUUGUUUAGAGUCCAAAGUAGGUGACAUGAGAGAAUCAUUGACUGUCAAUGUCCAGCAGAUUCCCUGGGGCCACAAGUGCAGAAAAGAGCAGUUGGAAGCUAUUAGGGUGGAGAGGGCCAGGGCAGAGGAGAGGAAGAAGAAGGGUUUGCCAUUGGAGUACAUCUGCAAAAGCAUGUACUGUCCUGAGAAAGGUGCCUUUUUCUCCCUCCCUUAUGAGAAAAUGGGCGCCGGAACCGGCACUUGCAGUUCUUGUGAGGAGCGACAAGCGGUCCGUGAUGAGUUCAAAAUAUUGUCAGAGACCAGCUUUGUCCUCAAGAAUGUCAAAUACAAUGUUCACGACUUCCUGUAUAUCAGGCCUCAGUUUUUCUCUCCCGUCGAGGGUCGUGGGACCUACAGGGCUAGAAGAAAUGUGGGCCUGAAGCCCUAUGUGGUAUGUCGUUUGCAGAGUGUCAAUGCUGCUGCUGGAUCUCGUAAAGCUAAUCUGAAAUCAACAAAAGUCAGUGUAAGAAGGCUAUACAGGCCUGAUGAUAUUUCAUCGGAUAAAGCUUACUCUUCAGAUAUCAGAGAGGUGUACUACAGUGAAGAUAUAGUUAGUGUGCCUGUUGGGAUGAUAGAGGGAAAAUGUGAGGUUACAGCAAAGGAUGACCUUCCAAAUUCAAAUCUUCCAGUAGUAGUUGAGCACGCCUUUUACUGUGAACAUUUAUAUGAUCCUGGCACUGAAACUCUCAAGCAGCUACCGACCAAUGUUAAGCUCACCCUGGCAAGGAAGGCGCCUGCUUCGAGAAAGAAUAAAGGGAAGCAGAUUUGUGAUGAUGAGCAAGCCGGUUCGGAUAAACACAAGGAUGAAACACAAGAGAACUGUCUUGCAACCCUUGAUAUUUUUGCUGGCUGUGGAGGUUUGUCUGAAGGGCUGCACCUAGCUGGCGCUUCACGUACAAAAUGGGCGAUCGAGUAUGAAGAACCUGCUGCGCAAGCAUUUCUUCAAAAUCAUCCUGAAGCAGCAGUGUUUGUGGAGAACUGCAAUGUGAUUCUGAAGGCGAUAAUGGAUAAGUGUGGCGAUGUUGAUGACUGCGUCUCCACUCCCGAGGCUUCUGCGGGAGCAGCAGAACUUUCAGAUGAGAAGGUUAAGAAUCUCCCUGUGCCCGGUGAAGUAGAAUUCAUCAAUGGUGGCCCUCCAUGCCAGGGGUUCUCCUGGAUGAACAGAUUCAAGCAGAGCCCAUGGAGCAAGGUUCAGUGCGAGAUGAUUCCGGCAUUCCUGUCCUUCGCAGAGUAUUUCCGGCCUAGGUUCUUCCUUUUGGAAAACGUCAGGAACUUUGUUUCGUUUAACAAGGGCCAGACCUUCAGACUGACACUAGCAUCGCUCCUCGAGAUGGGGUACCAGGUUCGAUUCGGCAUUCUAGAGGCGGGUGCUUAUGGCGUCGCGCAGUCCAGGAAAAGGGCGUUCAUCUGGGCCGCCGCGCCUGGGGAGACUCUUCCUGACUGGCCUGAACCAAUGCAUGUCUUCGCUAGCCCUGAGCUGAAAAUAAAACUGCCAGGAGGUAAAUACUAUGCUGCUGCCAGGAGCACAGCUGGAGGAGCUCCUUUCCGCUCUAUGACAGUCAGGGAUACAAUCGGCGAUCUUCCACCGGUGGAGAAUGGCGCCAGCAACCCAACAAUAAAGUACGGAGGCGAGCCCAUCUCCUGGUUCCAGAAGAAGAUUCGAGGCGAUACGCUUUCGCUGAGUGACCACAUAUCCAAAAAGAUGAACGAGCUGAAUCUCAUAAGGUGCAAGCACAUCCCAAAGCGCCCUGGCUGUGACUGGCAUGACCUGCCAGAUGAGAAGGUGAAGCUAUCCAGAGGGAAAACGGUGGAUUUGAUCCCUAGGUGCAUGCUCAAAACAGCCAAGACGAACAAUCAGUGGAAAGGCCUGUGUGGGAGGCUGGACUGGGAGGGCAACUUCCCCACAUCAGUCACAGAUCCCCAGCCAAUGCGCAGGGUCGGCAUGUGCUUCCACCCUGAUCAGGACAGGAUCAUCACUGUUCGUGAAUGUGCGCGAUCCCAGGGCUUCCCUGAUGGCUACCAUUUCGCUGGCAACAUCCAGAGCAAGCACAGGCAGAUCGGGAAUGCGGUACCACCUCCCCUUGCAUACGCGCUAGGGAGGAAGCUCAAGCAAGCCAUCGAUGCCAAGCUGCCUAAGUUAACUGAAGACAUGAUCCAAGUGGGACUUAAUUUACAACUGGGCCCUAUAUAAAUUCUGGGAACAGUUGACUCUGAAGUUAUUACAGGCUGGUGACAUGAAUCUUUAUGUGCAUCUAUUGUAAGGAGGAUUAAAAACAUCAGGAUGUUGGUGGAGGGAACAUGCUCUUAGCAGUGGGUGCAUAAUCUUUAGUAAACAGAGGGAACAUACUCUUGGAAUUGGGGCAUAAUCCUAGUAAACAGCAACUGUAAAAAAAUACCAAGAGGGUUAUAUGAUUGAAUAAAUGAAUGCAGUUUUCUGUUCUUUA